UCUCUCACAUCUAUUUUUACAAUAGAAAGCAUUUCCUUUCCUUUCAACAUGACAAAAGUUACAGCUUUCAAUGUGCUGGGUCUGCUGAUUGCCUUGGUCGGAGUGGACGCCGGCCGAUUGCUUCAUGAAUCCAAGGCUGUCAAUUCAGGAGCGGAGGCACAAAGCGCCUUCCCGUUCCCGCAAUUCCCAUUCCCACCUGGGUUCCAGCUGCCGCCACUCCCAAAUUUCCCGAGGCCUGGUUUCCAGUUUCCUCCUCUCCCCAACUUUCCAAUGCCUGGUUUCCAGCUUCCUCCCCUCCCUAACUUCCCACCGGGAUUCCAACUCCCUCCCCUUCCCAAUUUCCCGCCUUUCCCUCCCUUGGGCGGCGGCAUCUCUCCUUCCCCUCCCUCCGACGACGGCGGCUUACCUUUUCCUCCUUCCGAUGGCGGCGCCUCGCCUCCCCCUCUCUCCAUUUGAUAUAGACAUCUAAGCCUAAUAAGCGAGGAAUAAGGACGUAUAAGCACAAGAAGAAGAAGAAGAAGAAGAAGAAGAAGAAGAAGAGCACCAACUAUAUAUGAUUGCUCUCUCAUUCAUUCUUUGUUGUUUCAUUUAGUUAAUUAAAAUCUCAUUUUAUCGGUUGCCAUUUAUGCUCCAACUUAAGAUGGAUCACUCAUCUCGUUUUGUUUCUUUCCAUUGUUUGAUUGUGCUAAUGAAAUUCCCCACAUAAUGAAGAAAACAUGUACCCUUUGUGCUAAGCAUUAAGGGAAAAAAGAAAUGUUCAUAAUAAAU